GAAAGAUAUCGCCCAUGCGUGAUGGGGAUUACGGGGUUGACGCGAAUCUAUCCGCGAAAAUUCGCCCCUGCCUUCUGGAAUCGAAGGCUCUAUUUUCACACUCGACAGUUGACUGAUCGAACGGCGCGACCCAACUUUCUGUUGCCGCUCAGAUACUGCGAAGAGAUAUCACGCCAACCGAGGCCCUGCAGAGUCGAAGGCUCUAUUUUCAAAUUUGACAGUCGACUGACCGAUCCAACACCCUCUUACCGCCGCCGAGCUCCAUCACCACCCUCUGAGCGCCACCCUGUGCCCCCCAAGCCCGAAAAUCCUCAAGAAUUAGACGUCCUCCUUUCCAGCCCGGUAAACACAAUGAUUCGCCGCACAUCCUCGUCAAAAGAUGACUUGCUGUUUAGCGCCUCGUGCUCGCGGGAAUGGGUGUGUUUACUUGACACUGAGAAGAAACUUAGUUGGUAUUGGAUUUCUGGCUGCUUCAUUUGGCACAUCUAUGCUUGUGGAGGCGAACAGUUUUUGAACGCGUUGCCUAGGAAUGCGGAACCAAAUCCCGAUGGUUCUAAGAAUGGAACCUGUUUGAAAGCACCCCAGGCGAAUUCGCACCAUUUGGGGGUGUUUUUGAGUUCCCACAUCGCAACACCUUCACCUCGUUAUUCGUUUUCAACUUCCUCGCAUUCACAUCAUGUACUUGAGGUGCGGCCUUACGAUUACGCUUUCAACGCUCUUAUUUCAUCUCACGAUGGGUUGACUAUCAAGACACCGAGCCCAUUAGCUUUGAUUAUGCCUAUGACUCCUAGCCUGAAGCACGCCGGCGGAAGCCCGGACCGCUUUACAAAUACAAUCCUAGAAAAGGAAGGCUCCAUCCUGCUCACCAUCAGCAUGACACACGACUUUGCCCGAACUCGAUAUGACUCCCUGCACUUCACAUCAAUCUGGAUUAUUUUGAAAGAUUUUCAGGAUGGAGCAGACGAAAACGUAUCUUCCUAUCAGUGGGCAGCUUACGACCGAGCCACGUCACUCAUUUUUCCGCCUCUAUGGAAGAAAGCGGAUUUAGAUGGCAGGGCACGACAAAGGGGAGGUGGUUCUAUUAUUGCCCCGCAGGACACGACACGGCAGCAACAUACGACUGAAAAACCGAACGUAGAAGCAGACAAUCAACCACGGUAUUCCACUAUCUAUGGUUCAAGAAAAUGGCAGUCCGCAAGUCCACAGAACGCUUUUUCGGGAACGACCUUCAAACUCAUCGGCUUACUAUCGUUUCAACACCAACAGUCGGCUGUCCAAAGUCAUCCAGCGCGUGAAAAUAAAGCGCAAAAGUAUUCGAGCUCAGCUGCGGAACCCCAUGCGAGAUACCAUAGAGUAUACCAACAGAGUGAGGGUGAGGAUUUCGGUAGCUUAUCUGAGCUGAUAUCCAAAUCUAAGUUCGUACAUCGUCAUGAAACUUCCUGGAGAAAACAAGAGCUGAAAGCCAGCCACCGGCAUUUCAGAUAUCACUUUAACGACUAUGGAUUCGUUGAACGACUCUCAUGUCCGAAAGGGCGUUGUUUCCCGUAUCGCUUGAGACCCCAAAUCAACUUCCUUAUUCAGCAAACACUUCAGCAAAUUCCGUAUCUAUAUAAUUCUCUCCAAGAUACACCUUUCGUAGUUGACGUGCUACCAUGGAGGAUGGCAUGGCGUCUAGGAUGCAUCCCGAGUUAUUGGCGAGUUCGGUACUUCGUCCAAGACGUCUAUGAGUUUAAAGAAAAUUCUAACAAGAGUAAGCUUCUGAGCUUUACCCUGGGAAUACUUCGAGAUUAUGUAUCUCAGAAUCUACCAGCGUCUCCGUUUAUAAUCGAGGGUGCGUCAGAUCUAUCGAGCGGAAAAGAGGAAAAUCGAAACGCUUAUACGGUAAUGCUGAAAGUGAUUUUCAAUGUUAACUCUGAAUACGUUGAGCCUCUGAGGAGCAGUGCUAGGAAUUGGGCUGAGUUGGAUGUUUCAUCUGAAGACAAUCUAGAACAAAAUUCAGAUCGUUUCUCACUACAGCAGAGACCCCCUCCAUCUUUUGAACCCACCUGGAGCGAUAGUAGUCUAGGGGUCUUGGGGUUAGAGCGAAGGUAUAUGCGGUUUAUUAACCGGAGUAAAGAGCGCGCCGUGCCUCUAUCCCAUAAGUGUCAUGUCAAAACAAUACUUCUACUAGACUCACGGAACCUAGUCAUCACACAACUGAACAUGAGUAUAUGCUACAGAUUCCAAAGCGGUGGUACAGCCGAAAUCCUAGACGACGAAGAACUGUGCAAGCUCCGGCCAAUGGUGGGAAAUGGAAGAGAUAAUGUAAGGCUGUUAUUUGGUGAUUCCUUUGAAUCGCGAUUUUCUGUCGUACGACUUGGUUUCGAUAUUUCGUUAGAUGGGCGGAUAUGUUUAGUUUGUACGACCGAGCAAAUGUCUAUAGGGGAAGCUGAUAAAACCGCUUUUUAUCCAUUGCUAAUUAUGCCUAACGCCAGCUGA